AUGAAAAACACACAGUUACAAAGUCUACAGAAACAUCUGGAUGAAAUAAACGAGAACAUUUCUGACAUCAAGGAUGAAAUCAAUUCAAUUGAAAUGGUUAUAGACACUAAUGACGUGUCAAAACUAUUUAGUGUAACAUCCCAUGUACAUAUAUACAGAAAUCUUCCACAAAAAAUGGUGCUAUCCCUACCCAAAUUUAUUUCAGGACAAAAACAUGGAGAAAAACUACAAAAAAUGUUUGGAGCCUUAUCAUCAAGUUCUUUAACUUCAGAUAAACAUGGCUACAGCAUGAAGACGACACAGAAAUCAUUAGAAGCUGGAUCCUCUCCUCCAGUCAAACAAAUGCUUGCUGAACCAGAGACUGUCACCACCAUACACACUGGGUAUAGCCAUAUCCUUUACAAUGUCUCCUGUCUGAGUGACAAAGAAAUCUGGACAAGUGGAGAUGACAAAACAAUGAAACUCUACAGCAUAAAUCAGGGAUCACUUCUCAAGUCAAUCACAACCAAGUCAAGGAACAUACCAGAUGACAUAGCUGUGACUAAAAAUGGAGAUCUAGUUUAUACUGAUUACAGUGAUAGAACUGUAAACAUUGUGAAAAAUGAGAAGAUAGAGGAGGUGAUCAGACUACAGAAUUGGUUACCUUUGGGUGUCUGUAGUACUUUCUGUGGUGACCUCUUAAUUAUCAUGGACAGUUACGAUAACAAACCAACAAAAAACCAACAAUUCAAUCCAGUAGGAAUCACCACAGACAGUCAAAGUCACAUCCUUACCGCUGAUUAUAGGAAUGACUGUGUCCACAUCAUAGACCAGGAUGGACAAUUCCUCUGUUACAUAGAAUGUGGACUGAGUAAACCCUGGGGACUGUGUACAGAUACAAAUGACAAUCUGUUUGCUGCUCAAGUGAGGAACAGACAAUUGAAGAAAACCAAAUAUUUGCAGUAA